ACCUUUGUUUAAGUCGUAGACCCUAGUGGACGUUUCUGUCAUACUCGCGAAUGUUUAUUUGAAUACAGUGUAAGCAAUGGCAACAAAUCAGAAACAAUAUUAAGGUUUUAUGUGAUUCGAAAUCUGUCUAUACAAUCCAACAGAAAUGGAUAAACUCACUGUUAUAUCCGGAACUUUGUUCAUGGCUGCAGAUGUUUUUGCAAUUGUCAGUCUUGCAAUGCCAGACUGGAUAAUUACAGAUGUAGGAGGUGAUACUCGCCUUGGCUUAAUGUGGUCUUGUAUUACAUUGUACAACCGGCCUCAAGUUUGCUUCACCCCAGAUUUACAGCCAGAAUGGUUACUAGCUCUGAUUUGUAUAUUCAUAGGAUGCAUCUGCAUCACAACUACUGUUAUUUUAUUAGCGUCAAGUCAUUUUGAUCGCAAUGUAAUACCCUAUGCACGUUGGGUAGGAUUUGCAGCAAUGGUUGUAUUCUGCCUUGCUGCUGUCAUAUUCCCUAUGGGCUUCCAUGUAGAUGAAAUUGGUGGUCAACCUUACCAGCUACCCAACAGUCAUCAAGUUGGAAUAUCAUACAUAUUGUUUGUUUUGUCAUUAUGGAUUACUGUGAUAUCUGAAUUAUUUGCCGGCAAAGUCUGUUUGCCUCAUUUUUAAAAAUAUUUGUAUGAAAUAUUAUGACAUAAAAAGUAAUUUGUUAUAGUUAUUUAAGGGCUUAGGCCACUAUAUAGCGGUCGAAUAAAUAGGCUUUUAAUUAUUUUUUUUUGGAUAAUGGCAAAAUAAAUCAAGAUUACAAAAAUGGUUGUUGGUGUAGGCAUUAUCCCACAUAGUUUUCUUUGUACCUGCUGAUGCAAAGAGUUAGAAGAAUUUAUAAGUCUAGAUACAUACAUACAUAAUAAACAGAUAGCUUGUCUAUAAUGCUUUCCAGUCAAUGUGCGCCUUCCAUUGAAAUUUUUUGCUCUUUUUCAAUAGUACAUUCAGGUCCCUAUUCACUUUUGCAUUUAAUCUAUACAUAUAUUUUUUUACUACUGUACAGUCAUCUCACAUUUUAGAAUUUGUAAUGGCUUUCAAAGUCAUACAGUCAUAUUCACCAGUAAAAUGAGUAUAUUUGACCUGAUACAAAGCUUUAGAUCGCCGAAAUAUCUUAACAACAGCACCAACUACCAUUUUUGCUGUAAAUCCGACGUGAUGUCUUCAGUAUCUUUUGUUAUUGACUUACAAGUAUUGACUUACACGCCUUAAACUAUUUUGAUUUCACUAUAUAAUCAACAAUUUUUCCACAGUAUUAUUGCCAAUUGGAGCCACUUACCCAUACAAAAACAAAUCCACGUUUUUGCGGCCUCAUACUUAUUUUUUUUUUUCAUUGCCAUUGCCAUUGCCAUUGAAAAAAGGGAAAAACUACUUUUCGUUAAUUUUAGAGUGGCUUAAUCCCUUAUUUCGUUUGAAAUAUAUUAUUUGUAAAACGAUGCGAAUGUAUCUUUAUAAGUUAAUGUUAUAUUUGAAAUAUAUAUAUAUAGUUUGUAAAUAUAGUAGUUAAGAAGAUGCGCAAAUUAAGAAUCUCAAAAUAUUAUAAUGGUACGUAAAUUAUUAAUAUAAUGUGAAAUAGAUGUUUAAGCAAUAA